GUGUGGGCAAGAGCAGUUUACUAUUACGGUUUGCAGACAACACUUUCUCAGGCAGCUACAUCACCACCAUUGGAGUGGAUUUCAAGAUUCGGACUGUGGAGAUCAACGGGGAGAAAGUGAAGCUGCAGAUCUGGGACACGGCCGGGCAGGAGCGCUUCCGCACCAUCACCUCCACGUAUUACCGGGGGACUCACGGGGUCAUUGUGGUUUAUGACGUCACCAGUGCUGAGUCCUUUGUCAACGUCAAACGGUGGCUUCACGAGAUCAACCAGAACUGUGACGAUGUGUGCCGAAUACUAGUGGGGAAUAAGAACGACGACCCCGAGCGGAAGGUGGUGGAGACAGAAGAUGCCUACAAAUUCGCUGGGCAGAUGGGGAUCCAGUUGUUUGAGACCAGCGCCAAGGAGAACGUCAACGUGGAAGAGAUGUUCAACUGCAUCACGGAGCUGGUGCUCCGAGCAAAGAAAGACAACUUGGCGAAACAGCAGCAGCAACAACAGAACGACGUGGUGAAGCUCACGAAGAACAGUAAACGGAAGAAACGCUGCUGCUAAUGCCCCGUCCACUGCAGAGACUGCGCUGCGGUCCCUCCCCCAGCCCGAGGCCCGCGGGGGCUCCUCGGGGGACAGUCUCAGUUUCGUGCCGUUAUUUAAGAAUCCUCUCCACGUUUUUGUAUCGGGAGGCGCCAUCGGCACUUCCUCCCCCACCCUCGAGUGCCAAGAAGGUAUUGGACAAGCCUGCCCUCCCUACGGUGCCCCUCCUCCCUGGCCAAGGCACCUGGGCCUGGCGAGGACCUGCUGGCGAGCGGACUGAGCACCCAGAGUUGUACAUAUGUAUAUUGCUUCGGCCAGCGCACACCCUCGUCCUGCUGUGGCUCUGGCCUAGUGCCAGCCUGCUGCAACAGACCCGCCGGGCCCUCCCCAUCCCACCUCACCGCCGGCAGCUUCCCGAGGAGACAGCUUCACGUCCUCGCCGCGUCUUUGCCAGCUGGUCGGUGGAGUGGGCUCCGUGUUGCUGUCUCUCGUCCAGGCUGUCAGCUUCUGUCCCUGUGGUGCAGGGUCUCGCCCCUCACUGGGGUCCAUGCCGUCCCUUUGCCCCCCCCAUUCUCCUGCCAUCACGACCUUUGAGAGCUGGGGAAACGGCCUGGAGGCAGGCCCUGCUCUGCUGGCUCCAGCCUUUGGUUCCACAGAGGGAGGCAGUCCUGCCCUUGGGCCAGCAGAUUCCUGUCCUACCUUUUAGAUGCCUCUGAGCACCAACCCGGGAGCCAUGGCUUCUGACUUCCACGUCUUAGUUCCAGCAGAAGGUAGGGGUAUGUUCGCGCAGAGAUGGGGCUUGCAGGGGGAAACGACAGGAGCAGUAUUUUAAGAGAGAAAACGAAGCCAAAUCAAAUGAAUUACCUUCCUCAAAAUUAUUUUCUUGCCCUGAGGUUUGGCACAGUAGCAAAAGUUAUGGCUAUCCCAUGGGUUCGAUGUCUUCAGAAAAAGUGAAUGGCUUUCUGUUCUAGUGGGGUGGGGUUCUUGGCCAUUCCAUGGUGGGAAAUGGAGGCCUCCCACCCUUGUCUGUGUUGGCCCAGGACCCGUGGCCGGAGCUCGAGAGACCAUGAUGCAGCACCAAGCACCUCUGAGUUUGGCAAGUGGGUGCCAGGGGCUGCUGGACUGCGGGUGCCCUCUGGCCGGACGGGGGCAGCAUUGGGUCUCUGCCGAGAUGUUCAGUACAAGAGCAGAGGUGCAGGAGGAGGUCUGAGUGGGAAGGAACAGCAGUGGGGCAGGGGGCAGCCCGUUCUGCCCGCCCUGGUCCCCUGGAGGAAAACCAGGGUUAUCUGCACUUGAUUACUGCUCCCCUCCCCCCCGGGACACUUCAUUCCCCUUUCUCCUAAAAGGAUCACGUAACCUAGGAAGAAUUUAUUUCGACACCAUGAUGUGUUUUAUUAGAUUUUCUUUCCUAGGCAAUUUCCAGGCAAAGCCCUGACUGGACAAUCACAUCACAGAUCACACUGCAGAUUCUCCAUGUUAACACUGUGGAUGGGUUUUUAAUCAAUAAAAACUGGGGGUUUCUUCUCA